UAAACAGCUGAGCUGAGCGUUUGGUCGAGAAGCGCCCUGCGUCACCUUAGUUCCACGUCCGUGUCUCUCCAGUGUUUGGUGCAGGACAGGUACGUGCGCACUGUUUGUUCAGGGUAGAGCAGAGAGCUGCCGCUCACAGAUGGAGUCUCUGUUGAACCGCUGGCUGUGGCGUCACGAGUACUGGCUCCCACCGGGUGUCACGUGGGCCGAUAUGGUAGAGACAGAGAGCGUCCAGUACCCGCAGCCUCGUGACCUGCUCCUCACCCUCCCUCUCUCCCUGGUCUUCAUUGCUGCUCGCUACGCCUUUGAGAGGCUGGUGGCGCUGCCCCUGAGCCGGAAACUGGGAGUGAGGGACACCACCCGGCGGGUUCUGGCGGUCCAGAAUGUGACCCUGGAGGUGUUUUACAAGCAGCAGACCCGGAGCCCAUCACAGAAUCAGUUCCACAGCCUAUCUAAACAGUGUGACCUCUCCCAGAGACAAGUCGAGAGGUGGUUCCGACUCCGUAGAAACCAAGACAGGCCCAGCAACAGCAAGAAGUUCUGUGAGGCCUGCUGGAGAUUUACCUUCUAUAUGAUAGCCUUCCUUGCUGGCCUGGCUGUUUUGGUUGAUAAACCCUGGUUUUGGGACCCAAGUGAAUGCUGGGUUGGCUAUCCUCAGCAACCCCUACAGACCUCCCAGUACUGGUACUACAUGACUGAACUGGCCUUUUACUGGUCUCUGCUGCUCAGAGUCUCGUUCGAUGUCAAACGAAAGGAUUUUAAGGAGCAGGUCAUCCAUCACAUCGCCACCAUUUUCCUGAUGGGAUUCUCAUACUGCGCUAAUUACAUCAGAGUGGGAACACUGGUGCUGCUGGUGCACGAUGCCUCCGACUAUCUCCUGGAGUCAGCCAAGAUGUUUAACUACGCCGGCUGGAGGAGGGUGUGUGACUCCCUGUUUUUCGUUUUCACUGCUGUCUUUCUGGUGACCCGGCUUGUGGUGUUUCCAAGCAAAGUGCUCUACACCACUUGGUAUCUCUCCAUGGAGAGCUUCCAGCCCUUCUUUGGCUAUUACUUCUUCAACGCCCUGCUGCUGGUCCUGCAGCUCCUCCAUGUUUUCUGGGCCUUGCUCAUCCUGCGCAUGGUCUGGAAGUUUGUCGUCCAAGGCAGGGUUGAGCGAGAUGAGAGGAGCGAUGAGGAGGAGAAUCACACAGAGGAGGAGGAGGAGGAGACUUGCUGGGAGAGGAGGAAGUGCGCCUUCGACUCCAAACUCCCUUCGCUGACCAACAACUGCGUGCUCAACAACUUGACCAACCAGAGGAACGGCGCACCCAGCAGGCAGCCCAAAGCCCGGUAGCGCUAGAGCCCUCUUCUGGUGGGAGGCUGAAUUGCUCCCAUUUUUUUGUAUUCAUACAUUUAUUUUUUUUGGCUUUUUACAGAUUUCAAGGUUUUUUGCUUUUUGUGGCUAAGUGCUGCAAAGGUAUUAGAUUUGCACAAGAUAUUUUAGUCUAUUGUAUAAUUAUUAUUAUUAUCAUUAUUAUUAUUGCUAUUGUUUACGUUUGUCUUAGGUAAGGGGGUCCAAGAUUAUCGCUGAUCAAGAUCUGUGAAAUCAGCUACCGAAAGCGCUAAAACUAAAGAGUAAGAUACCUGUUUAUCAUUUUGCAGCACUUAUUUUAUUAUGUAUACUCGCCAAUGUCGGUCGUUUUGUUAAAUAAACAUCUAAAAGGUUUUA